AAUAAUACGAAUCAUCUUCUCCAAGUUUCAACGUUCUUUUAUUUUCUUUUCUUCCACCAUUAUUUUCAUAUAUAUACCCGAGAAUCAUGUAGGGAAGUGCGUAUACAUACACAUGUAUAUAUGUGUAUGUAUAUUAUAUUCUCUUUCGUUGUUUUCUUGUCUUUUCUUAAUUUAAGUAUAAAUCGUUGAUGCCUACCACCUGUUCGAUUAAAUUCCCCAUCUAAAAAAAAAGAGGGAGAAAGUUCUUCGUCUUUAUUGGGUCUCUCACUAUCUUACCACUCCUUCAAAAACGGGCUCUCUUUUAUAGGAUUGACUUGUUUUUUGAUUCAACCUCUCUCUCUCUCUCAUUUUUCCUCCUUCGUUUCAAAGUAGUUUCUGUCUGAUUUGAUCGUUCGUUAUGUCUAGUCCUAAAAGUAACAAGCCGAAGAUCGUCAACGGUCCUGGUGGUUAUAUACUACAGGACGUUCCUCAUCUCGUUGAUUACCUUCCUGAUCUUCCUACUUACCCAAAUCCAUUACAAGACAACCCAGCUUACUCUGUUGUUAAGCAGUACUUUGUUGAUGCGGAUGAUAGUGUCCCUGAGAAGAUUGUAGUCCACAAGGAUGGUCCAAGAGGAGUCCAUUUCAGACGCGCUGGUCCACGCCAAAAGGUUUACUUUGAGUCAGACGAAGUCCAUGCUUGCAUCGUUACAUGUGGAGGUCUCUGUCCUGGUCUCAACACCGUGAUUAGAGAAAUCGUUAGCAGCUUAUCGUGCAUGUACGGAGUAAAGAGAAUCCUUGGAAUCGAUGGCGGAUACAGGGGAUUCUACGCCAAGAACACUAUCCCCUUAAACUCCAAAGUCGUGAACGACAUCCAUAAACGCGGAGGAACGAUCCUGGGAACCUCACGAGGUGGACAUGAUACAACGAAGAUUGUUGAUAGCAUCCAAGACCGAGGAAUCAAUCAGGUUUACAUCAUUGGUGGAGAUGGAACACAGAGAGGAGCUUCGGUUAUAUUUGAGGAAAUUAGAAGGCGUGGACUUAAAGUUGCUGUGGUUGGAAUCCCGAAAACGAUCGAUAACGAUAUACCGGUGAUAGAUAAGUCUUUUGGGUUUGAUACUGCUGUGGAGGAGGCUCAGCGAGCCAUCAACGCAGCACAUGUUGAAGCUGAGAGUAAUGAGAAUGGUAUCGGUUUUGUCAAGCUUAUGGGUCGCUACAGUGGAUUCAUAGCGAUGUAUGCUACAUUAGCUAGCAGAGAUGUCGAUUGCUGUUUGAUUCCGGAGUCGCCAUUUUACCUGGAAGGAGAAGGUGGGCUCCUGGAGUUCAUAGAGAAACGGAUCAAGGAGAAUGGUCACAUGGUGAUUGUUCUUGCUGAAGGAGCAGGGCAAGAGCUGAUGUCCAAAAGCAUGGAAUCUAGCACUGACGCCUCUGGUAACAAGCUUCUUAAAGAUGUCGGCUUAUGGCUAUCACAAAGCAUCAAGGAUUAUUUUAAGAAGAUUAAUAUGGUGAUGAAUCUCAAAUACAUAGAUCCUACAUACAUGAUCCGGGCUGUUCCAAGCAAUGCAUCAGACAAUGUAUACUGUACACUUCUAGCUCAGAGCGCGGUUCAUGGUGCAAUGGCUGGUUACACUGGCUACACUAGUGGUCUUGUCCAUGGAAGACAAACAUACAUUCCUUUCUACAGGAUAACAGAGAAACAGAACAAUGUGGUGAUUACGGAUAGAAUGUGGGCAAGGCUGUUGUCUUCUACGAAUCAGCCAAGUUUCUUGGGCCCUAAGGAUGUAGCUGCUGAGGAGAAGAAAGAGAUGCCGGAGAAGCCAACUCUUGACGGUGGAAACUGUGAUGGAGUUGUUGAUAUUCCUCCGGUGACUAAAGAGAUCACUAAGUGAACGUCAAGAAAGCUUUGUUUAAAGAAACUUCCGAAGCAUAUAUAUAUAUAUUCCUGAAACGAUAUUGUUUCAUGCGAAAGUGAAAUAAUUGUUUAUUCUGACGAUUUCGCCUCUCUGUUUGGCAAACGCAAUGUUUUUUGGUGUCUUUUAGAUGUUUAGUUUUGUAACCUUUUUUGCACCUUCCACCAUAUCAUAUGAUUAUGAAUGUACGAAGUUAUCUUUUUUUUUUUCUUGGUUUAAAUGUUGAGAUUUUUAUCA